AUGACCCACCGUCGCAGCAGCUCCGUACGCUUCCCCGGCAUGGGCAGUCCUGUCUCUGACCCAGAGUCCCCUCCUUUGACACCCUCGCUCAGCUUUGCAGCACUCGGUACACACCUCGCCGCCCGCAAAUCAAAGGCGUAUUGGUACCGCACCACCUUCCUCGCCCUCUUCGUCCUCGUCCUCGUCUCUGGCUACAUCCUCCUCGUCGCGCAGCCAUCUCUUACGCCAUUACCCCCAUCACGACCCUCCCGCCUCUCAGCAGAGGCCUACCGCCUUGCGGCUUUGCGACACAAACGACCACCGGGCACCGCCUCCGACUACCGCCCCAACAAUACUGCGCGCCCGCCAAUCCAGCUGAACGCCACCCAAGAGCUCGCUGCCGUGUCCAGCUUCCUGGCGAGCCUUCCCCAGAAUGUCAUACCCUCCUCCGUCGAUCCCUCACAGCCGAUCGACCCACAGCUCAUCCUCGAUUUCGAUACCCGGAGUCCGCAGGCGGCCGAGGAGGUCGAGACAGUCGUCCAGGACGUGUGGGCGCGUAAUCCCGUCGUGCUUUACUCCAAGUUCCAUUCUCCCAUUUCACGGGAAAUUAAGCAGAUCCUCGCAGACAUGUACUUACGGCCAGAACCCACGAUUAUUGAAGUUGACCAACGACCCGACGAACUUGUCCUCACACCAAUACUAUUCCGCCUCACCUCUGCGUCCGAGCUACCCAUUCUCCUUGUCGGCGGCCGCACGGUCGGCACGUCAAUGCAAGAGAUCCGGUACCUCAAAGACAAGGGCGAGCUCCACCGCAUGAUCACCAAGGCCGGCGGCGAGAUUUAUGGUGCCCGGCGGCGGAAGGGCAAGAAAGUGUAG